CAGUGUAAAUAUAAUUAUAUAUUAUGUAAUUUUCAAGGUCACAUUGGAUCCGCCGUGUUCCGUGGAGAAAAUUGUGUACAGUGUACGUCCGGAACUCCUUUAACUUUUACCUACAAAAUAUUUCUGGAAAAUUGGCGCGGCCAAUUCGAAGUGGAACACAAUCCGGACAACAAUUCAAGUGGCUCCAAAACAAGUAGGCGUAGCUCUAAGCGUGGUGGAAAUGUCAUUGAAAGAGGUGGGCGUGAUUCCGAAAUGGGUUGGCGUGGCUCAGGUAGAGGUGGGCGUGACUCCGAAAUGGGUUUGCGUGGCUUAGGUAGAGGUGGGCGUGACUCCGAAAUGGGUUUGCGUGGCUUAGGUAGAGGUGGGCGUGACUCCGAAAUGGGUUGGCGUGGCUCAGGUACAGGUUGGCGUGGAUCCGAAAAUAGUAUGCAUGGCACCACAAGAGGUCAAGUCUAUGAGAAUCAAGACGACAGAUUACUUCCAUCUGGACCAACAUAUAUGGCGUCUCCACACCAGCAAAAGUUUGAACAAAGAGGGAGGGGAAGGGGCAGGGCAGGGCGAGGACAGGAAAGAGGUGGGUUUUGGGGGCAAAGAGGUGGAAGAGGGGGCAGCAGAGCAAAAGGAGGGUUCGGAGGGGGUGGAUUCGGCAGAGGUAGUGCAGCAGGUAGUAGAGAGGGUGAUGUAUGGGAUGAAAGAGUGAGUGUAAGUGAUGUUGGUGGUGAGAGAAUUGUUGGAUUUGGAAAAGAAGAGAGAGGAAAAGGAAGAAGUGGCGAUGGAAUGGUCAACAGAAGGGUUGGAUUUAGAGACGCUGAAGCAGCAACCGUAGUCUCAGCAGCGAGUUUGAGAGGAGUAAAUACAAGAGGAAGAGGAGGAAGAGAGGGAGAAGUUCGCGGAAGAGGUAGAGGAGAUCGCGGAAGAGGAAGUAAAGGCAGAAGAAAAGGACGUAGACAGUGAACAUCUACAUCCAUCGGCUAUUGUUUUAUUUCAUUUUGAAAAUAUUCCAUGUGUCAAAUCAAUUGGAGCAGACUGUAGGUAGAGUCUACCAGUUAAUACUGUAGAGCUUUGAGCAUAGAAGAUCGAUUUGUACAUGUAUUGAUAAAACUUGUUCCAUUAUUGAUGUAAAACCCUAAUGUUAUAAGUUUAAAUUUGUUUCUAUUUCUAGCAAUGAAUUGUCGAUACAAAUGCACACCGAUUUGGUUUCGUACAAGACAAGAAUUUCAAAUGCACCUUAGCUUCAGGUUAGCGUAGAUGUAUAAAGUAAUAGCGAACGUUCUCAGAAACAUCAAUGUAUUAUUUCAAAAGUGUUUAUGUAUAACGUAAAGUAAGCUAAAAGCUGUGUAAAAAGAAUGGUGAGAAAAUGCAUCGAGUGUCAUUACUUGUACAUAAGUAAGAUUCGUUGUAUAUUUUGUGACUUUCUGAACUUCAGAUUUCUGUGAAUUAUCGUGAUUAAUGAAUAUUGUAUGUGUUAGACGCCUGUUAGAUUUUUUCAUGUUUCCAAGUCAUACAGAUUUAGCAAGAUUGUUUAUUGCGUUGUGCAAGUGUUAUAUGAUAUAAUCUGAAAUAUAGCUUUUAUAUUUUAUCUUUAAACGUGGGUUUUUUCAGCGGAGUUGAGCAUAGCGACUCUUAUAUUUUUUUCAUAUCAAUUCUGGAUAUGUAAUCAUCGUCAUAUAUUGAUUUCAUCAUGUAAGUAGUUAUUAUGAUUGAUGAAAAAUAACGGGCAGAGAAUAAUGCUCUCACUUUCCUGUAAAUAUAACAUAAUAUAAUUAAUCUCAUUUUGAGAGAGGAUAAAAUUUUAUAAACCAUGUGUUAGUUAAGUUGCCGUGUUUGAUUGGUAUAUAAAUGUCCUUAUUAGCUGUUAUAAUAUUACAUUAUUGUACCUUUUAUAGAAUUUAAAGUCAUUGACAAUUUGUUCUGCAAACUUUCGAAAAGAGUACUCCGUUCUUGACAAAGGAAACAGACGUUUUCGAAUCAAGCAAAGAAAGUUUUCGUAUUUGAUAUUGCGAGCCUUGUAUGUUACCCUGGUACCAUUUUAGUAUACCAAAGGUACAGUUAGCUUAAUUGAGAUAUCAGUCUUAUUUAUUGCUACCAAUUUGCGGUUGUUGUUUUUUUUAUUUUACAAAAGGAAGUUACUUGCUUCUAUGUUGUCUAUUUUUCCGAUGUGCUCUAAUAAUAUUUCACCGGGUGUGUUUCUAAAUUUUGUUAUUUUUAUAUGCUGUUAUUUCAAAAAGCACUUUGUUGAAACUUAGCUUUUCCCAUGUUGGUGGGCUUAUGUGAUUCAGAGUACACUUGAAGUUUUCUGUACAGUGUUAAAGUCAGACCACACAGAUCUGUCUGGUUGACAAACUAUAUAGAUUACAGCCAAGUAAAUAUCCAGAAAGGGGGAACAUGUGGAUCAAUUUUACCCGUAUUUAUCUAGUCAAAGACAUGUUUGGUGGCAUUCUGUUAUUUUUAUCAUCUUACGUUAGUGCUUUCUUUUUUCAUAAACAUUGUUUUUGUUGUUGUCUUCUCUUUGUUGAUUGUGUAUUGAUUUGGUUUUUAUUUUUUUGUUGGGGUUUUUUUUUGGGGGGGGGGGACUAUUGUAUUCAAUGUUGUUUAUAUAUCUGUAUCGGUUUUAUAGUUGUUCCAUUUCAACAACUAUGUGUAUCACCUCAUCACUAAUCCCUUGUGUUUAACUAUAGAACCAAAGAGUUCAGUCUUCAUAAGCCUAACUAUACAAACGAACAAAUAAUAAAAAAAAUUCUAUAUAAUGGGAAUUGCUGCCUAAUAUAGGUCCAUGGUCUCGUUGCUUUUCGUCCAACGAUAUCGCGUAAAUUUCACAAUUUAGAAUUUCAAGAAUUCUGGAAAAAUAUCAUAGAUCCCUCCUAUCACAUUCAACAGGUCGUUCAGCUAAGAGGAUCAUCGACACCUGGGUUCAGGACCGCAUAUUAAUCAAUACACAUUAAUGAUUAAGUGGAUAUAACUUUCCACAGACUUUCAUCGUCUAUAUAAAUAUUACCCACAAAGGUCAACACGAUAGGUCAUUCUGGUCUGACAAAGACACUGUUAUAUUGCUAUUCAUUAUCAAAUAUACACGCAUGUAUUUGUUGGGAACGCCAUUCAUGGUAAACUAUGCACGUACUUGUAUCACAGACAUAUAUAUGCGAGUAUCAUUAUUCGCAGUGAAAUGUACAAAUAUUUGUCUUACGCUUUUGUGUAUA